AUGCUGCGCUGUUUGAUCUUGCUGGCACUUGGAGUUUUCGUGGGGAUCCGUAUUCUCGGUAUCCGUGUGGAUUGCAAUGUGUGUGCCUCCGUGAGCAAUGUGGCCUGUAUAUCGAACACCUCGUAUCAAUUCUGCUCCGGCAGCGCAUUACCUGCUGGUCCCGUUUACACGUGUCCCACGGGUUAUUAUUGCACCGCAAAUGACGAAACGUGCAAUACAGACGUGGCCCAAAGAUCCUGUAUAGGGUGUGGCACCUGCGAUAGUGGCAACACUUUUGCCUGCCUCACCGCAAGGACAUUUGCCCUGUGCCUGGGAACAUCGACUCCUUCCCAGAUCGUCGGAAGUUGUGGCUGUGAUUUCAAUAAUCCGUGGAUUUGUGGUAGUCCAGCGGCAGGAUCACAGGCCACUUGUCCAGGCGACAGUAGUGGUACUGGUCUGGAUGUCUCGGCAACAACACCCACCACCUAUUGUUCCAUCUCAGACCUUGCAAUUUGGUCUUCCAAAUUUGUCUUCCUUCCCAAUUGCAAUUCAACAAGUUCGUUUGCUUAAACGCUGUUAACUCAGUGUCAUUCAAAAAUGCUGCGCUUACUGGUCUUUCUGGCCAUAGGAGUCCUCGGCUGUCAGGCUCUCUGCAAUUCGUCGUGUUCCACGAAGUCUAGAGUGUCCUGUCUCUCACAAACAGAGUUUCAGUUCUGCUCCUCUGCAUCCGUGCCCCGCGGAAAAGUGUACUCCUGCCCUAAAAAUCACUACUGCACCGGCGAAUCCAUUGUCUGUAGCAAAAAUGUAUCUCUGGCUGCAUGCAAUGGCUGCAAUGAAUGCUCUUCC